CACAACAUACAAAACAAACACAAACUCUCAUCAUCUUUCUCGUUUCAUUAUGCCUGCAAUCAUGAUUUUAUUGGUCUCUUAACCCGCAUGCUCCUCCUCCUUUAUACCCUCCAAAAUCUCUCCUAUAAAUACCAUUUCUCCUCUACUAGUCACCACUACCUCUCUCUUCUCUCUCUGCAGACACACACACACACACACUCAUCUGCUCUGUUCUUAUUGCAACUUUCUCUGUUCUGUUAUAUCCCCACGUCUUCUUCUGACCUUCCAAUGGCAGUGUCUGGGUUCGAGGGAUUCGAGAAAAGACUCGAACUUCGAUUCUUCAACGACUCUAUAACCAAUAACAACCCAAUGGGCCUCCGUUUAAUCGACUUCGAAUCUCUAGACCAAGUCUUAAAUGAAGUGCAGUGCACCGUAGUCUCCGCCGUAGCAAACCACAGCUUCGACGCCUACGUCCUCUCCGAGUCGAGCCUCUUCGUCUACCCAACCAAAAUCAUCAUCAAAACAUGCGGCACGACACAACUCCUCAAAUCAAUCCGACCGUUGAUCCACCUCGCGCGUAACGUCAACCUCACGUUACGCGCGUGCCGCUACUCGCGCGGGAGCUUCAUCUUCCCCAACUCGCAGCCUUUCCCCUACACGAGCUUCGAAGACGAAGUCGUCAUCGUCGAAGAAAGCCUCCCGAAGUCUUUCCGUUACCGUAAAGCCUCCGUUAUGACGCCGUCUAAUAGUAACCCUUCGCGUGCUUGGCACGUGUUCACCGCGAGCGCUGACGUGGAGCCCGACGAGACUCUGGUUGUUGUUGAGGUAUGCAUGACGGAGCUUGACCGAGUCAACGCUCGUAGCUUCUUCAGACGGAAAGGCGACGAGGGAAAUAGUGACUCUGCCGGGAAAGAGAUGACGCGGCUGAGCGGUAUCGAUAUGAUAAACGCAAACGCGUUUAUAUGCGACUUCGCGUUUGAUCCUUGCGGCUACUCGAUGAACGGGGUCGACGGAGACCGUUACUCGACCAUCCACGUCACGCCUGAAGACGGUUUUAGCUACGCGAGCUUCGAGUGCGGGUUGUCUCUUUACGACGGCGGUCACGGAGAUAUCGCCGAGGUGUUGGCCCGCGCGAUUGAUGUUUUCCGGCCAGGUUGCGCCUCCAUCGCCACUACUUACAACGGCGAGGAUUAUGACCACGAGGUGACGAAGCGUGUGGAGCGGGUGCUGGCGAAGAAGCUCGGUCUUAAAUGUCGGAGCAGACUUAUGGAUGAGUUUCCAGGCUCCGGAACUGUCGUUUAUCAGUCAUUCACGCCUCGUCGGAAAUAGAUUUCACUGGUGGAGGAGAACAAAGAAAAAAAAAAGUUUUAGGUUUUAAAUAGUUGAUGACGUGGAGGGAUAUGAUUGGUUGGAUUGGGUAAGGAAAGAUAUAAGUGGGAACAUAUGAUCAUCAUGCAUGCGCGCCCCACUUUGCACUUGUGGCACUGUCAAACCUAAGCAUUUUUGAGGCACUGUGUUGUAGAAUUUUAGUGGGGGAUGGUAAAAAAUGUUUGCUAUUUUCUUCUUCUUUCCUUCUUUUGUGUUCUUGUGUUUGUUUUUUAAAAAUUAUCUUAAAUCUUUACAUGAGAC